AUGUCAUUAUAUCUGGCUGGCGGAAUGCGGAAAAUACUUGAUGCACUUCCUAUAAUCCGGGCUAUCUUCCAGGAAGAAGCCGGGUACUAUCGGUACAUCUCAGGAGGAUUGCUGGCCAUUCUCGCCAUUAAUCUUCGUCACUUUCUUGUGAGGAGGUCAAGAUUUGUCACUGAUUAUUCUACGGUAGCUCGUCGAGUCAACGACUUGAGUUACGAUGAGUUCGACGUCGUCAUCGUCGGCGGAGGAACGGCUGGCUGUGUACUAGCUUCUCGUUUGACAGAGGAUCCUUCUUUACGCGUUCUAGUGAUAGAAGCAGGUGGAAGUGGGAAGCAAGUACUUGAAAGUAGACUUCCUUCAGCAUGGGGCCCUGCCCUUCGAACUCAAUAUGGCUAUCAGCUUUACACAACGCCUCAAGUACACGCGAAUGGCAAAAAGAAAUACAUGCCUAGAGGUAAACUGUUGGGAGGAUGCUCAUCUGUGAAUGCGAUGAUGGCUCAGUAUGGGUCACCAUCAGACUUUGAUGAAUGGGCGCAAGUCACGGGCGAUCAAUCGUGGUCAUGGAGCAGCUUUAAUCGAAAAUUCGAAAAGUUUACUCCCGAUCCAAGACUCUCUCAGACUGAUGCCUCCCAGCGCGGGACCCAAGGUCCCGUAGAAGUUGGCUACUUCACGAAUAUGUGGAAGGGCUGCGAAUUUUUUAUCAAAUCAGGCAUUAAUAUUGGCAUUCCGCUGUCCCCGGACUUCAACCUUGCUGAAGGAUCUAUAGGGAUCAACAGGUUCCUUCUCUCAUUCGCCCAUUCUGGUGUAGUGACAUACGUUAGCAAACGGCGUCAGAGGGUGUCGACAGAAACUGCUUAUCUCACGGACGCAGUUCUAUCCCGGAACAAUCUCAAAGUGGUCGUUCAUGCCCGAGCCACAAGAAUCCUGUUUGAAAAAGUUGAUGGUCGUAUUCGUGCAGUUGGAGUGAAUUUCACAUCAUCGCAGGGUGGACAGUCUUUUCAAGCUCGUGCUCGGAAAGAAAUCAUCCUGUCGAGCGGCGCAUUACACUCUCCCCAUCUCCUGAUGAUUUCGGGCGUGGGGCCUGCUGAUCAUCUUAAAGGCCAUGGGAUACAGUUAGUGCAUGACCUCCCCGGUGUAGGCUCUCAUCUGGUUGAUCACCCUGUUGUCAAUAUACGUUGCAAAGAAAGAACAGGCCUUACAUCUAACUUUUUGAGUGCAGUCGGUUUUCUCAACACCAUAAAAUUUGUCAAGGCGAUGGUUCAAUACCAGCUCUUUGGAACAGGCCCGAUAGCUUCCAACCUCGGAGAGGCUGCUGCUUUCUUUCGAUCGGAUGACCCCAUUGUCUUUCCCUCAAAAGAUUUUCCUGAAAAGAUUUUAGACAGCACCUCUGGUCCUGAAAGUCCUGAUCUCGAAAUUAUCCAUGCUCCACUGGCGCUGGAAGAUCACACCAAUGUUUUUGAACCCAGCAUUCAUGCGUUCAGUAUGUAUGUAGCAUUGCUAAGGCCUACCAGUGUAGGCACGGUUCGACUCAAGUCUGCUAGCCCUUGGGAAGACCCUCUGAUCGAUCCGAACUAUUGUCAAACUCAACAUGAUGUUGAUGUUCUCGUUCGGGGGCUCAGAGCGGCUUUAAAGAUUGCUCAAACGGAGCCGCUUUCCUCCAUCGUCGAUGCUGAUAGCAAACAUCCGGGGCUUGACCAUCACCUUCCGUUCCUAAGCGAUGAAGAGCUCGUUCAAGUAGUUCGUGACCGCGUCGAGACAUUAUAUCAUCCCAGUAGUACAUGUCGCAUGGCCCCAUUGAAGGAGAACGGUGUUGUUGAUUCCCAACAACGGGUAUACGGAAUCCAAAAUCUGAGGAUAUGCGAUGCUUCAACGUUCUCAACGCCAGUGUCAGGACAUCCGGCUGGUGCAUGUAUUGCCGCAGCAGAAAAACUGUCUGAUAUCAUCAAGCUCCAGUUGGCUAGCUAGGGGGCCCCUGCUUUUUUUCACGCCAAAGCACCCGCACCCAUAAUUUUGUGCCUAGUAGUCAAAAUCCUGGGGUGGCCUUUUGACCAGGACUAUAACAUGUGUCUUACGAAGCUCUACG